AUUAACCGGGGCGUGGAUAGCUUCACUUUGGGUCGAGAGACUAGAGACUGGCAGCCAUCUUGCUUUGGGGCAAGCGGGCAACGCAAGUUCUUCCCGACGGCGGCUUCAGGGCCGUCACGAGGAGGGAGUGCGGGUUGCGUCCUCGAGUGUGAGGACGUUGGCGGCGCCGGAGCCGGCCGCUGUCGACUUCAAGACCCAUCGAAAGACUGGGACUAGCAGCCAUGACUCAUAAGGGCGGAAUUUAGCAAGGGUCGGACUGCCCCGCGAACUUCGGGAAAGGUUCACGAUCGGGAUUUGACCUUUGCCCUGAACUUCCGGUAAAUCCGGACUUUCCGUAAACCUGAGUCCGGAGCCGAGAGCGCUGCUCGGAUGCCCCCUCGGAUGUCAUUCUUUGAGCAUUUGCCUUUUAAGCGCCCGCUUCCUGAAGGAAGUGUCGCCAGAGCCGAACCUUGGACUGGACCGAGGGUGUGUAUACUUUGAUUCUCCAUGGUUUCCAAUCAUUAUCACGAGUUCAAUAUCCUUCUGUUGGAUGACUGCUUUGCCCCUGCUACCUGAACCGAACUACAUGGAAGCUAAGGAAGCUUAUCCAAACACGUGAACAGCGCGUUUCAGGAAGACAGUGCCCCGCACGGUGCCUACACCAGCCUGAAAUUCUAACAACUCUCCCAAGUUUGGGAAGGCGGCCGAGUUUUCUGAAACUCCUUCUCUGAGCAUGAGCGGAAGUCACCCGUUGAGCAAUCUGCGGGUUUUUUAAAUAAUAGGUACCAUAUUAAGAAGCAAUCCGUUACGUUCUCUUUUUUUCCGUUGCACCCACAAGCAAGUGACCAGGUGACAAAUUUGUCUUCGUUACAAGAAAAUAAAGACCGCACUCAAAGAAGUCCGAAGGCAGCCCAACAGCCCAUCUUCCCACAGUAAAGAUGGCGGCCCCCUGAGUGUAAACUGCAGGCAGUACCACUUCCGCGUUUCUCUGGCGCCCUCGUCCAAGAUGGCGGACGAGGCUACCCGGCGUGUGGUGUCUGAGAUCCCGGUGCUGAAGACUAACGCCGGACCUCGAGAUCGUGAGUUGUGGGUGCAGCGACUCAAAGAGGAAUAUCAGUCUCUUAUCCGGUACGUGGAGAACAACAAGAAUGCCGACAAUGAUUGGUUCCGACUGGAGUCCAACAAGGAAGGGACUCGGUGGUUUGGAAAAUGCUGGUACAUCCAUGACCUGCUCAAAUAUGAGUUUGACAUUGAGUUUGACAUUCCUAUCACAUACCCCACUACUGCUCCAGAAAUUGCAGUCCCUGAACUGGAUGGAAAAACAGCAAAGAUGUACAGGGGUGGCAAAAUAUGCCUGACUGAUCACUUUAAGCCUUUGUGGGCCAGGAACGUGCCCAAGUUUGGACUAGCUCAUCUCAUGGCUCUGGGGCUGGGUCCAUGGCUGGCAGUGGAAAUCCCCGAUCUGAUUCAGAAGGGCGUGAUUCAGCAUAAAGAGAAAGGCAACCCAUGAAGGAUCAAGCCACUGAGGCAGGACAGAGGGACCUUUGACGGGCUAUGUUCUGUUCCUGUUUCUGUGCCUCACUCCUACUCAUCCGCCUGCUUCCCCCCCAAGCCCCUCCACCCAUAAUUGUUACUAAGCAGCCGCAUCAGGCAUUGCUGAAAAAAAUAAACAACACCAUCGCCACUGAAUUUCUAAGGCUACACAGGGAGGGGAAAGACGGGGGCUUUGGAAAACCAAGGCAAUUCAUAUCCCUUCCCCAGGUGGAACAAUGUGAGAUCCAGGAAGGAUGGGAAGCAGGCUGGAAAGUGGGUGCAUAGUCUUUUUGGUCUCUGGAGAUAACUCAUCAAUAAAAGCUGCUUCCUCUGA